AAAGAUGGCGGAUCUACAGAUCUCGGGUGUUUGAGGAAAUAUUCUUCUCGUCUAAUGAACAAUUUACCGAUGAUAAAAACCUUUCCCCUCGACUGGAAUAUUUACGGUAUCUAGAUGACAAUGAGCUGAUGGUUGUGGAAGUCUGGAAGAAGACGCUGGACAGAAGAGAGAGGCUGACCGGAAGAUGCCAAGAAAAAAACAGCAGAAUCCACAGCCAGUCAAGUUGGAUUCUGAAGAUGGUGUAGCUGCUGACGCUCCUGGAAACCUUCCCUUAGACACAGACUUCCUUCUAGAACAAGACCUUGAGUUUGGUGAUGCAGAUCACGACAGAAUUCUAGGCUUGGAAAAGUUUGCAGAAGUAGCUGCUGAGAUCGGUUUCUCCGUGUGUCCUCUGGGUGAUGAGGAGAGCUCUUCCUACAGCCAGCUCAGUAUGGAAAGUGAAACAGACAAUUCGCGCAGCACAGGUGACAACAGGAGGGAAAGCCAGAGCCGAGGGACUCAAUCCGAGCCAACCUUUCCUCCUUACCUGUCCUGUAGGGGCUGCGGACAGCUCCGCGACGAACCUCUCGGCCCGGGCAUGGACCUGGUUGGGCCUUACUGCCUUAGGUGUUGCAAAGCCUCCAGGGAGGCGAAAAGCUCCGAUUUCUGCUCUCCUUUUGGGAGCGGUGGUGGGAUUCGCUCUGGUUUCCAGAUUCGUGCGGAUUCCCAGCCUGAUUGUGAGGGCUUGGGGAACGGGGUGGGGGAGAAGGAAGAACUGUCCGCUGAGGACAGACUGCUCAAGCAGCACUCGUGCCACCUCUGUGGCUUCUCCUCUCGCUAUGCCAACCACGUGAAGCGUCACAUGAAGACGCACAAUGGAGAGAAGCCCUUCAACUGCCCUCUGUGCACUUACGCCUCAGCCCAGCUGGUGAACCUGCAGAGACACUUGCGCAUCCACACUGGGGAAAAACCCUACAAAUGUGACACAUGCGCUUUCGCCUGCAGUUCCCUUGGAAACCUCAAGAGGCACCAGCGCAUGCAUGUGCCUAAUUUGCCCCAGAUGCAUUCUGCAGCAGUGGGGCAGGACGCCCCACCUCAACCUGUGUGUGGCCACAACACCCUGAAGAGACCCGGGAGUGAGCAAAGACCCAAUGAGGAAGUGUCUGGUGCUUCAGUCUCUGAAGUUGCAAGACCAACCUCUAAUCUGAGUUUGGGGUCCCAGAACAGUGACUACCUGUCAGUCUUUGAUAACUUGAAGGGAGCAUCUCCACCCCCUAUCCCUGCCUCCAACCCAGCGCCUGGCCACCAGCCUCCCUCUCUGCUGGAGAUGACCGGCAGCAGUAGCAGCAGGACUACUCGAGGGGCCGUGGCAGAAGGCGCGGCGCUCCCGACUCCACUUUUCCCGUUUACCUGCCGUCUAUGCGGGGUCGUCUUGGAGGACGAGGACGGCUCUUCAGCCCAGAUUUGUGCCAAGUGUACCCUUGAGAUGCUGACCAAGGACUCCUCAUCGUCUCCGAACAGCCCCGGUGAGCGCAGUGACAAAGUUUACACCUGCGCCGCCUGCCCCUUCCUCACCCACUACCCCAACCACUUGGCGCGCCACAUGAAGACUCACAGCGGCGAGAAGCCGUACAAGUGUCCCCAGUGCGACUACGCCUCGGCGCACUUUGACAACCUCAAACGCCACCACAGGGUGCACACGGGAGAAAAGCCGUACAAGUGCCAUCUGUGCGACUACGCCUGCGGGAACCUGGCCAACCUCAAGCGGCACCAGCGCGUCCACUCGGGCGCCAAGCCCUUCCAGUGCCCCGUGUGCAGUUACAGCUGCAACCAGAGCAUGAACCUGAAGCGGCACAUGCUGCGGCACACCGGCGAGAAGCCGUACAAGUGUCAGGAGUGCGGUUACACCACCGGCCACUGGGACAACUACAAAAGACAUCAGAAAAAACAUGGCGUGGCGACUGACGGCUGGGUGAAAGUUCCCAUGAUCGGCAACGACGUAGAGGAGGACAGGAGGAAAGGGAUAGGAGGAGGCAUUCAGACUCACAGAAAAGAAGUUGGAGCUGAUAUGCAGUACUUACCGCGGGAGGCGGGGGCUGGCUGUACACUCAAACUGCAAACUUAAGGUUGCAUAAAUUUUAACACAGCAAAACUAAGCUACCAGCAACUUGUUUUGAUUGUUUUCACUGAGCCUGGUUUUAACGUCCGUCUGUCUCUCAGUGCCGCGUCAGAUCUCUUCUAUGGCUGCUAAUUGUUCAGUAAGUGGAAUCUGGCAGAGUUAGGAAUUAAGUUUCUCAAUUUUUUUGAUGUCUUUUUGGGUUGUUUGCUUUCUACAGUGUUUUGUUUUUUCAUGUCAAGAUAAAAAAAGGGAACUCUGUGGAAGUCCUCUGCCUCACUGUGUGAUCAGAUACUGAUAAUUCACCCUCACACUACAUGCAUGUUGUCAUUUGAACGAUGACACGACCAAAUAUUGCCAUCCUGGUGGACCUCCUUCCCUUAUCUGCUCCAGCUGCUCUGACAAGUCACUAAAGCAUUUUUAAUGCACAAGUUAGUUAUUUUGGUUCAUUUUAAAUGGAAAUUAAAGCAGAUUGGUACUGAGUUUGUUUGGUUAUUUUCUUCUAAAUAAAGUUUUUACUCUUCAGUUUGACAAUUUUGUAUCAACCCAGAACUGGACUUUCCAGCUUUGAAGAGAAGGGUUCUGGAGACAUCUUUAUUGUGCUUUUUUGUUUGUUUGUUUUUGAUUUUAACACAGAUUCAAUCUCCGUUAGUGAUAUGCGUUCAGAUCGCCGUAUGUAAUGCUAUCAAAGUGCUAUUUAAUACUACAGAAAUUGUGUUUGUCUUUAUGAAUGUGCCAGUAAUUUAAACAAUGCUGCCCUCACUCAAAUAGUCUACUUUUAUUUACUUUUUUUUUCUUUUUGCCAAAAUCUCCUACAUUUUGUCUGUAAAAGGAAAGAAAUGUGUUAAGACUUAAUUUAGCACCAUAAAUGCAUGUUGAGCAUGUUGAUGGGCCGUCUUCUGCUUCCAUUCAUUGGGUCUAGAUCUACUACAAGCAAUCUUUAGCCCGUGCUUUUUGAAGCUCAAUAAUUCUGACAUCUAUAAAGCUCCGUGUUCCUCUGAGUAUUAGUAGAUUAGCUCUUGACAAUAUAAAGUUAAACUUGCUGUUUCUGUUACUUGGGUGCACAUUUCAGAUUCCAGCCUCUAGAUUGUUGUCACAGGGCAUUUCCUCGUAUAGCAAAACGUAUUGUUCAGUGUCGUUUAUAUAGAUCAUUUUUCAUUACUGCUGAUCAAAAAGUGCCAACUCGAAACAAAAGCAAUAAGUUAAAGACUUAAAAUGUGCAUAGCUAAUUGUGGAAUUAAUCAGCAUUUGUUCACACAAUAGUCAGCGUACUUCUUGCAUUCAAUUCAGACGCUUUCCGUUUUUGCUUUAAAUUGUCUGCUCUUCCUUCUGUGCUCACUUGCAGUCGCUUGAGGUGGUAGUUUCAGCGCUCCGCACCGUUUAGGUGUACUUGUUCGCAGAGCUCAGUGUUGAAACCGGGUCAUUAGCAUCGACACCGAGCCAAUAAACAGAAAAAGACUACAGUUGUGCUGCAGGCAAUAAUUGAUCUCACGUCCAGAUUGGUAUGAUCUGAUUUUAUCCAACGGUUUCCCUGUGAAAUAGUUCAGCAUAUGUCAGGAGCCAUCCAUCCAUUAUCUUCGAGAAAGCAUGUCAACCAGAUCACCAAGCCGCCUCAACCAGCUCCUGUUGAUGUAGAAGAGCCUACCAAAAGAGUAAAAAAAAUAAUAAAAUAUUCAGAGAAGGGGAGACGACCACUAGCAUAUACAAAACGGAGAAAAAGCACAGUAUAUUGCCAGGUGAAGCAUUGAUUUAAAUAUUUCACAUGCAGCCUAGAGAUUAGUUUUAUUUGCAAUGUUUCAGGUUCAUUUCUUCUAACAUAUCAGUAAUUUUUGCAGCUCUGCAACACAUGUCAUUGAUGACAGUCUUUCAACGGAAGAGCUCUGCUUUAAUUUAGUUUGCUAUUUACUGUGAGUUUUAUUUUUCUUUCAACCUGAAAAGAGAUUAAUCAGAUAGAAAGCAUGUGAACAAGUGAUAGUUUUAUUUCUCUAAUGUGGCUGUAAUGCACAUUAAAGUGCAUUUCUCUUUGUGCCGUGUCAUUUAGCUGCCAUGUUUGGAAAAUAAGAACUGUGAUUCAAUGUUAAGUGUUUGUGAAUGACUUUUAUGCAAGUGAGACAUUUUCCAGGUUGCAAACUCGACAUGUCACAAUGAGCCCAUGGAUUUCUAUUUCCUGCAAGUGGGCGUUUCUGUUUUUACAACAUCAUUAAUGCCUUAAAUGAGGAGUUUGAAAUAAAUACCUGGAAUUACACAUCGUUGGAUGUAAAACAUCGA